UUCUCACUCAGCUGUUUCUCAGAGACACUUUCUUUCUUUAACUUGCACAAGAAGCAUGACCUAGAAAUAGAAACUAGAGCACUCUGUAAGUUCACAUCACUCUCUAAUCAACAAUCUCUCUAUUCUCAUCUUCUCUCAGUUAGCCCCUGUUUGGUUCGCGAGAAAGGAAAAUGACGGAAAAAUAUUUGAUCUUGAAUACUUUUUGACUUUUGGUUGAACUAUGUAUCCUUGUACAUGUAUAGUGUGUAUCCAUUGGACAUUAUCUAGGUUUUGAGUGAGUUUGAUAAUGUCUUUAAUGAAUGCUUGGGUAAUAGGUUUUAUAAUAAAGUUGAAUCAUUAAAAUGCUUGUAAAUUAGUUCGUAGGUUUUUAUUUUACGUUUUUUAUGAUGCCAUCACUUUUUUUGUUCUUUCUUAUGAGCUAAGCAAUUAGGGACUAGUCCCUUUCUUAUAAUGUGAAAUCUCUAGAUGCCCUAAUAUCUCCAUGAAAUCACAAAUCUCGUAACUCAUUAAUAUUCGAACAUAAGAUCUUAUUAACAAAAUUUUUGGCCUUAGAAAUAGCUGGGUGUCUCCUUCAAUUGCUGUUUUAAGUACAUUUUGGCGCCUAGUUCAUUUUCUCAAUUAUGUUACAAAUCUUACCCAUUAUUUGUUAAAAUGUAAUUUGGUUUCUUGUACCAGUCAUAUAGUAUUAAUUUCAUAUGCUCUUUAGUGUGUAAUUAGUUUGUUCAUUACUACAUGGGUAUUAAUGUUAUACUUAAUUUCCCGUAUUGGGUAAAACACUUCUAGGCCAGUGGGUUCAAUCAGUCUUUAUAUUAUAUUUGAUUGGAUCUUCCCUCAUUGUUGUCAAGCAUAUGUGAAAAUGCAAGCAAGUAGUUCAAGUGCUGAUGAUUGUGAUAUGGACAAGGACUUGGAAGAGCUGAUUGAAGUUUUUGGCUGUAAAUUCUCUCUCAAGGAUAUUACGUUUGCUUAUUUCCAGGCGAGGCAAGACAAAAAUUUGGCAGCUGAAACUCUGUGUAGUCUGGAUGGUAGUACAUCUACCACCAUUACUGCUAAAAUGUUAGCAGCUGAACGUGCGGCACCAAUGAAGUUAGCUUCCUGGUCGGAUAAUACAGGAGUAGUAUCAUUGGAAUCUCCAUCUGGAAGUUUUCUUGAGAAUGCUGUUGAGGGAGAAAAAAGGACCAAAGAACUGAAGUCAAAAAAAUGUUCUGCAUCAGUUGGUUCUGGUUCUGUUUCAUGUAUGAUUGGGAAAGAGUAUGCUAAAUCUAGUCUGUUGAAGAAUGAGGCUAUUGAAGUAAAGAAGCCAUUGAAAUUAAAUUCUAAGGACUUUCCAGUCUCUGAGAUCUGGAGUGAGCAAAAUCCAUCUAUGUACACAGUGAGGAAUGUCCCUGCACAAGCUGAUCUUGAGGAAUUUCUUUUUAAGAUGCUUGGAGAGGGCUUUCAACUUGACGUGCCUGUGAUUCAAGAGGUUCUUGGCCUUUGCGGGCAUGAUGUGCAAAAGAGCAUGGACAGGCUCUUGGAUUCUUUGGUUGCACCAUUCGGCAAGUGUGAAGAUCUUGGCAUAGCCGUUGAAGAUUCUGCAGGAGAAUGUUCAGACCAGGAAUAUGCUUUGCUUCAAGGACAAUUACAACAGCUAGAUUUUGCUCAAAGUGAUGGAGCUAGAUUGAUGGAGAGAACCUUAACAGGUUCAACAGAAACAGAAAAGAAUAGAAUUGGACUUCAGAAGGAAGUUCUACAAACACUGUUUGAUUUUCCAGGUAGAUCUGAGGAAGCACCAAAAAGAACACGCCUAGUUAGGGCAGUGAAGAAACCGAAAGUAUUUAGUAAACUGGUGUUUGAACCUCCUGAGGAUGCUACUAGACAAGACAAGCAUUCUGCUGCAGAAUCACAAGCAGUUAAUAGAGAAGAUAAAGCAGAAGAUAAUGAUGACAGCUAUGAGGUCCUGAGAACAGCUGUUAAGGAAUAUUGGUUUACAAUGAAAGAGUACUACAAAGCUGCUGUUGAUGCAUUUGUCAAUGGUGAUCAUGCAAGGGCAAAUAAACUCCUAGAGAAGGGACAAUUUUUUAAUAACAAGGCCCGAGCGGCAGAUGAUAAAUCAUUUCAAAAGCUUGUUGAAACCAGAGAUGCUGAUGUAAUGUCUCUUGACUUGCACGGUCUUGAACCGAAGGAAGCUUUAAGACUUUUGAGGCUUCAUCUAACCUCAAUUUCCGCUAUUAAAUACCUUAGAGUCAUAAUAAAGAGCAAUGAUGAAGAUACUAGUAAAGGGGCGCGGAAGAGAAAUUUGAUCCUGAAGCAACUGGAGAAGGAAUCGAUCAAAUGGAAUGAUGAAAGCGAUGGUAAGACGAUAUUAAUCCAAGUUGAUGCGAUUGAUCCAAAGCGCUUGAGUUUUGCGAAGAAGCAAGAGCCAAGGGAUUAGGGUGGAGGAGGACCUAAACCUGGCAGUUUGGGAUACUAUUUCUAGCUGUUCAUUAGAAAUGCUUUUCUAAAUACUAGCCGGAGGUUAUUCUGUUCAAAAACUUGCAAUGAAGUUCUUGUUAAAUAGAUUCUGUCUGGAACAACAAAAUUGCUUCAUUUGUCUGCAAUUAAAGGUUGUGCUAUAAGAUUUUGUGGUGAUCAAAGCAUUUCAGCUUUCUUGAAAGAUUGAAGUAUGACCCUGUUAUGGGAAUUGUUGCUUUUCCAAAUUCUGGUUGUUAUUUGUAGAUGCAAGGCUGAAUGAAACUAUAAUACUUCUUUUUCCUGCC